ACGGCGUCAUCAAAUCCGGGAUAUGGCGUGUGGGUAUGGUGACGCAGACCAAACCGUUUCCCCCAACCUGCCCCUGUCCGGUGGAAGAAUAACGAAAACGAGAGGGAGGAAUAGCGAGGCCAUCUUCUUAUCAAAGUGGAGGAAUGGGGAGUUCCGAGCCUCCAAGAUCAUUUCCAUCCGGAGGGCUUAUGGAAAGUGAAGGGAAGCAGAGAUCUGACGUGCCGUAUGCCCUUUACCAUUUCUCCACCAGUGGUGCAGCGGUUGCUGUUGCUACCACUGUCACGCAUCCUCUAGAUGUUCUCAAAGUUAGACUUCAGAUGCAGCUUGCCGGCCAAAGAGGGAACUUGAUUGGGAUGGGAGAACUUUCUGCACAAAUAAUUAAAAGCGAAGGCCCUAGGGCACUAUAUUUGGGCCUUGGACCUGCAUUGACUAGGUCUGUCCUUUAUGGAGGUCUUAGGUUAGGCUUAUAUGAGCCUUGCAAAUGUAUUUGUGACUACAUGUUUGGAUCAACUAAUUUUCUUGUGAAGGUUGCAUCUGGAGCAUUUUCUGGUGCCAUAGCAACUGCAUUGACCAAUCCAACGGAAGUCUUAAAGGUGAGGCUGCAAAUGAACUCAAACACCAGAAGGGGCCCUAUUAGAGAGAUGCAUAAAAUCAUGUCAGAGGAGGGCAUAAGAGCACUUUGGAAAGGUGUUGGCCCAGCAAUGGCCAGAGCUGGUUCUUUGACUGCAUCACAGAUGGCAACAUAUGAUGAAUCCAAGCAGGCCUUGCUCAAAUGGACACCUCUUGAAGAAGGUUUUCAUCUACAUCUCAUCUCAAGUUGCAUAGCUGGAACAGUCGGAACCCUAGUAACAGCACCCAUCGACAUGAUCAAAACCCGCCUUAUGUUGCAACAAGAACCCACGGGUGUCAGAAGUUACAGAAAUGGAUUCCAUUGUGCUUACCGGGUUGUGCUUACGGAGGGCUUCAGAGCACUUUAUAAAGGAGGUUUUGCUACCUUUGCAAGAUUAGGUCCCCAGACCACAAUCACAUUCAUUGUCUGCGAGAAGCUACGAGAAGUUGCUGGAAUGAAGGCCAUCUAAUUGUGGUGGAUAUUCCAAGUUAAUCUACUGCCACUUUCCGGAUGUGAGCUCGUCGAUACAUUCUAACAAGUAAUGCCACCAUUCCUUCCAUGUUUGCAUUCAGAGGCCACACCAGAUCCAUCAUAGAUACGCUGGCUUAAUCAUUCUUCAAUGGUCGUCUUUCCUUUACCAAUUUGGUUUGUAAUUUAUAUUGCAUUAUCUGAUUUGAUCAUUCAACUUGAGUUAGUUAUUGUACAUGGCAUUCAUCAUUCCAAGGAAAUAAAAAAUAAAUUCAGCUGUUAUGACAUC